UCUGUUGCAGUGAGGAAGGCGCGGUUCGUCUGCGAGGAAGCGGAACAAUUCAACUCGUACGUAACACUGAAGCUGCAGAAUGUGAAGUCGACGACGGUGACGGUGAAAGGGGCCAAUCCAUGCUGGGAGCAAGACUUUCUUUUCGAAACGAACGACAUAAACACGGGCCUUCUGGUGGAGGUCUGGUGCAAGGGUUUCCUGUGGGACCGUUUCUUGGGCUACUACUACGUCCCAUUAUCAGAAGUGUCCUACAUAAAUGAGGUAACGUCUAAGCAGUCCUACAAUACUACCACCGGCACGGUAUCGACAGGGAAACAAGAACAACAACAACAACAACAACACAUAUCCCUCGACAGCAUGCGCGACACGAACAGCAAUACACAGCAACCAGACAUCACCAACACGGAGGGUUCCGGACAAUGGGUCAGUCUCGACUCGGAGCUGGAGAUGAGAGGUACCGAGAUCAUCGGCACGAAAAAGCCAACCGGCCACUCGCUUCUCAUAGACUGCCGUUUGGAGGUUCCCUUCGGAAAGUGCGAACAACGAACGAGAUGGAAAGCCCUGCUAACGAGUGAAACGGCAAUGCAGUUGCGAGCAGCCCGGCCCAUGUGUGGCUCAGACCCCGAGAACACGGAGGCGGCGGACCUGCAGAGGAAGCUGGAAAUGCUGAACAACAUGAUGGACCAGGAAGCACGAGCCGAACAGGCACGACGACAGAUAUUGUACAAUAUAGGCCACUCGGGUUAUUCAGAGGAUUCGGACUACACGUCAGACCUGAAUUAUCCAGUUGGCGGACAAGGUGCAAACAGCUCGGCUUCGCAGUUUCGUACCGCUGCCAACCAAUUGGCCACCCCUCAGAGAUCCCUCGAGACCUCCAGGGAAAAUAGCUACGAGAGGGACGAUCAUCAGAUUCCAGCUACAGUCGGAGGAAGACUAGCUCCGAGUAAUUACGGAGGCUACGGUGGAUCGGGCCACAGUCCACGUUAUGACGAACCGUAUCCCGAAGAAGGUCCACCGCAAAGGUAUUCUCAGUCUCAGCACGCUUCAGAAUCUUCCGAGCCACUCUUCUACAAUAGUAGACCAAGACACUAUAAGGAAUACAGACGACGGAAGCACACGUGGGAUUACGAGGACAGCCAAGACGGUUGGUACAGCGAGGGUUACGACUAUCAUGGCACAAGAGUCGACGAAACGAAGAUCUACAGUGAUACAGAGUACUACCCGAGUACCACAACGAGCUCUUCCAGACGAAGAGACCCUCAUAGAAGACCGUCGUUGGAAAGACAGAUGACUUUGUACGAUGACCAUUCAUAUUAUACCGAUGGAUAUAGCAGUGAUGGAAGAGUAGGGAAAAUGAGCGCCACAUAUCCGGAAUGCCAAACGGACAUUAGGUACCACGAGUACUACGAUAACAUCACGAGAUACGGUUAUCAAGAUGAAAGGUAUGGUCAAGACGAGGAGGACAGACAAUGGGACAGUGGAGGGAAGUGGUUCCUAACCUAUUACGAGAACAAACGGAAUAGAAAAGCGCUUCCACAGAGGCCUGCAUCUAGUAUCGGUAUUCAUCGACCUGAUUAUAGACCAACAGUUACCAGACAACGCAGUUACGAAUCGGAGGAACUCAAUUACGGUGGCCACAGUACUCGUCGUCGAAAACCGCUUCAACCGCAACAACGACCGACGUCCCGGCAAGAAGGGACAGGAAAGAAACUACCUCCGACACCAACAAAGCCAAGCAGCGUUGUUAUCAAUCGUAAGCUUGCCUCCUUACCUGCCACACCGAGCAGGCAACUGCCAAAGACUAGAACUCCCUCCGAGGAGAGCUACUACAAGUCUGACUACAACGAGGACUAUAAUUACGCUUAUCGCAGCCAAGAUAAUUUACCUCAGGAUACCUACAUUGACAGUAUAUACAGCGAGCAAGGUGGUUACGACCAGAUGCAUGCGCCUGGCAAAACACAAUACGCCGAGGAUAGUCAAUACGGGUCCAGUUACACGUCCCAGGUCGAUGACCAGUAUAGUCGUUCGUAUCAAGAGCCACAGACACAAGAUACGUACGAUCAAACGUAUUUACAAAACUCGUACAAGGAGGAGUAUCAGAAGCCUUACGUGCAACAGAACACACAAGUUUAUCAGGAUACGUAUCAGGACGUGACAUAUCCGAACGUGAGCGAGCCGAAUGAUCAAUACACUAGCCAACCGAACGAUCAAUACAGGAAAACCAGCCGAGAUAUGAUAAUAGAGGACAAUUAUCAGGUGAUGGGCUACGAUCAGAAUAAUGUGCAAUAUCAGGAGAGGAAGACGGUGCCUACGUACAAGGAAGAUACGUAUCAAGAGCAAUACGACGGUUACGGUGUCUCUGUGCCGCCUAGCGUAUAUGACCAAAAUAACGUGACAAAUACUUACAAUCAGUAUCAACAAGAGCAAUACGAUUCUCAGUACAAUAUAAAUACGUCGACCGGUUAUCAGAAGGAUUAUCCGGACACGUACAAUCAGGACACGUAUAACACAGAAGCCUAUAGUCAGGAGACGUAUAAUCAGGAUACGUACAUUCAGGCCCCGUACAACCAGGAAACGUACAACCAAGAACAUCAGGAUACUUACAAUCAGGAAACCUACAACCAACAGGACACGUACAAUCAGGUACCCAUUACGUCGCAAAGUAAUUACGAGGAUACGUAUACCAAACCACAGAAGGAUUACGUUGAUUACGAGGCGCCGUAUAGCAAGGAGGAACCUGUCAGCACGACGUACAAAAACGAGUAUCAGGAUCAAUAUCAGGAUUAUCCUGAUCAGUACGAAGAGUCCUAUCACGGUUCUUACCAAGGAUCCUUCGAGGAGCGUUACAAAGAGAGUCCAGCUGCCAGCACGGAGAGAAGAACAAGCGAAGUUCCAGAACUAUCGGUGACCACACCGAGAGGUCAGACCAGAACAAACGGAUACCAGUCCAGCGAGUCGGAUUAUUACUUCACUUCUCAGGAGAGUCAAGACGCGUCGGCUGCUCUGCCAAGAAGAAAGAAGCUCGAGAAACAUGAACCUAGCCCGCUCGUCCAACAGAAUACCGAUUCCUUGGAGUCCAGAGAUGACGAACUGAAGGAGUCUAUCGAAACUGCCGUGAGUUCAAUUAGUAGCAUCCCACAGAAGAAAGGAAUCAGCGACUAUACGACAACCGCUGAUACCAGUCCCGCUGCCCCUACUUUGAUCGAAUCUCCGCAAAGUACGGUACAGCCAACGACGACGAUGGUCAACCACGUAACAGCUAACCACGACACGACCAGUAUAACGGUAACGGCGAUGGUUCACACGACGACUGCGACCAACGGAAAACGAUUAACGAGAACCGAAUCGUAUCAGGAGGAAGUUACGGAAGACGAAGAGUAUCCAGAAAUAAUACCGAAGGAACCACAGAGGAAAGACUCUCAGUUGUCGCAUCAGAGUCUGCUCAGCCAACAUUCCUCACAACACAGCCAGCAUAGCCAGCAUUCGCAGAAACCGAAACUGAUGAGAGGCGAUUCUUACGCCUCCGAUCACUUCCCCGAAGAAGCGUACAGCAGGAGAGAUUCGUAUGCUCAACCAACUAGAAAAGACUCCUUCUCUUCGACCACGCAAGAAGGAUUCAAACCACCUCUCACCAGGACAGACUCGUACCAAAAGAGAGGUAGCUAUGGGCAGCACUUCAGCGCUCCUCAGCCUAUUUCCAGGGCUGAGAGCUACCAGCGUGGAUAUUUCAAAGACCAGGAGUCUAUAGAGGAACCGGAGGUGAGCUUGAGUAAUGCGGUGAACGACGACUACAAGAUGAGGGACGAGUCUCUCGAAAGGUACGAACGAGCCGAAGAAACUAUGCUUCGUGACUCUCGAGAGGGCUCGUUAGUGGACACGUAUAAAACUACUCCGCCAAUGUCUCACACGGAUAGUCCAUGUGGGAGCAUAACGAAACAAGCUUCCUUAGAAGAAAGUGUUCAAAUGGACACUCCACCGAGGAGUCCACCCGAACCAACGCCAGACAAGGAGCUUCUCGAGAUGGUCGGAGCUGCUCCAGUGCCUACACAGUUGAAAGAACGACCGGAGAUGACACCAAGGCAACGAUGGCAUUGGGCGUACAACAAAACAGUGUUGCAGCUGCGGGUGAGUAGUAUAACCAGUCAUAUUUAA